AUGAUGUCUUUUGUAUUUCUGUUCCUGUUGAGCAUUUUGUUCCCUGCCAUGCAAGCCACCCAACUUACAAAAUGCGAGGUGUCCCAGAAGCUGAAAGACAUGGAUGGCUAUCGAAAUAUUACUUUGCUUGAAUGGACUUGCAUUAUAUUUCAUACCAGUGGUUAUGACACAGAAGCCAUCAUCAAAAACAAUGGCAGCACAGAAUAUGGACUUUUCCAGAUCAGUAAUAAGUUUUGGUGUGGGAGUAGCCAGAUCCCUCAGUCAAAGAACAUUUGUGGCAUCUCCUGCGACAAGUUCCUAAAUGAUGACCUAACUGAUGACAUAAUGUGUGUCAAGAAGAUCCUGGAUAUCAAAGGAAUUGACUACUGGCUGGCCCAUAAGCCACUCUGCUCCGAGAAGCUGGAACAGUGGCACUGCAAGACGUUGUGA